AUUCAUAUCUUCAUCCAUUCCAUCAGACCUUCAACGGACCUGAACGUAAAUCAUCUGCCAUUUCAACAAGGAACAGGAAAGCCAUGGACUCUACAAUUUCAAAAUCUACUCAAAGCCUUACCACUGCUGAGGACAUGAGGAACCAAACUAAACUUAUGAUGCAGCCCUAUGCCAACUGGGAAGAGUAUUUGACUCCUGCGCCGUUAUCUAUAGCCAUCCUUGGAGAGCUGGUUUUCAUCUCGUCCUCAACAGAUUUCUCUAUCAAUAAAAAUUCUCCUAAAGAUGGCUAUAAAUUCAUCAAAUACUCUGAUUCCUUUCGUGCUUGCCUCAUGCAAGUGUGUAACUCUGGUUGGAGGGCAUUUAAUGAGGCCCAUACGAGCAUGGAUCAGAUUCGCCUCCAUACUGCCCAAGUUCCAGAUUACAUGAAAACUGCAGUGAAGAUUCUGUUCCAAGGUGAUGAUGAAGUUGUCAAAGCACAUCUUCCUGAUCAGCUGGAAAAUAUCAGAGUCAUUGCAGAUGAAUGUUUGAGAUUGUCUGAUGCAACUGAAAAACGUUUUACUGAUGUCAUCUAUAUCAUCCAAGAGCUGCUAGAAGCAUGUGUGAAUGCAAAGCACUUCUAUGGGGAAGAGAUGGAAGCAAUCAAGAAGAAGUUGGAAGAGAGCAAACUGAGGGAGCAGUCAGCUCUAGAGAUCAAGAAAAAGACUGAGAAGGCAGUGAGUGCCCUGGAGAAAGAACUGGAUCAGGCUCAUAAGAACUACAAGCAAGCAACAGAUUCUCUCCCUACAGGUUGGAACAUGAUUGCAAUGGAUGUUGUUGGUGGAGUAUUGCAGGGUGUAACAGGCCUCAUUACUGGACUGACAUCUAUGGUAGCUAAUCCAGUGAUAAAGGCAUGCGCAGCAUCAGAAAAGAUUGCUGAUACCUGGAGCCACAUUAGAGGUCGGGAAAACGUAAAUGUGGUUGAUGAAAUAAACUUAUAUAGUAAGUCUGCUGAAAUUCUUAGCUGUGCACAGAUUAUUAUGGAAAAAAUGGAAGUGAGUGAAUUGGAUAAUGACAUUAACUGGACAAAUCUUUAUGACCAGAAGGAGAAGUAUACAAAAACUGAUUUUGUAAAACAACAGUUCGAAAGAAUUAAAGAUGAUCUUAAAGAAAUUCCAGAGUGCCGACCAAAUACACAGGCUCAGUCAUUAUGUGAAAAGGGCAUUGAGAUAUGCAAACAACUGGAAGAAUAUGCACCUAAAGGGAAAUGUGACCGAGUCAAAAGCAAUGAGAUAAUAGAUAAGGUUUUGAAUUUGAUCAAAUCAUCCCAAAUUUUUGAUAGCAAAAGUAAAGACAUCACAAAAUCUCCAGCAAUUUCUUCAAAUCCACCAAUGCUGAAUAAACAACAAAACAUGUCAGAGAAAAUGAACCCUGCACAGAGAGCAACCGAAAAUGCACGAUUCGCCAUAGAGCAGUCCCGAGCUCAGUUGAACCAAACAAGAGAGAACUAUGACAAGUGUGUGGAGAACUUUCAGAAGAACCAGAAGGAACUAACUGAAAUCCUGGUCACCAUGAGAAAUUGUGAACUGAAAGAGAUUGACUUUAAAACUACCAUAGAGAUGUUGGUCAAAGGAAUGGAUGCCAUGGGCAGAGUGAAGGAGCAGUGGGAGAAGAUGGUUCACUUCUUUCAGAUGGUUUCCAACAUUGUAAAAACCAGCCUGAGCAAAACUCUCAAAAACUUUGUCUCAACAUCAGAGAAAACACAAGCUCUCUCCUACAAUGCAAAGCUCUUCUCAAAAGAUCUUCUCUACACUCAAGCCUUCCAAGCCUGUAACAUUGCUAGUCUGGUUCAUAUGAUCUCUGGAACAUACACAGAUGUUUCCAACAAGUACCUGAUGGAUCGUGUCAGUUCACUGGGCAGACUGAUGGUCAUGGAUACAAGUAAACCAGAAUUUGAUCAUGAGCGACUAAAGCUCCAGAAUGGCUGUGACGAGGCACAAAGUGGCAUCUUAAUGCUUGUCCUGAAGAACAAAAAGGAGUUUGACAGGAAAAGCACCGCAAGACAAGAUAAGAUUGACCAAGAGUUGCUCGCCAUUCUGCCCGCUGCUCCUCCAGAACAAAUCAAGAGAAUUCAAGAGGUUGUUCAAACUGGAUUCAGUGAGGAAGAAGCAUCAGCAUACUACUGAGGGAAUCCACCAAAUAUAUACUUUACAAACUUGCUGUGAACAAGAUAAUACUACCAUAGUUAGAUUAAAGCUUUGCUGUCCAGUAACAUGUAACAGUUGAGUUCAGUUUAGAUUAUAAUAUUAUAGGUAUCCAAAUAUAUGUCUGUAUAACAGUACAACUUUUAUUAUUCUUUUAAUCAACAAACAAAGCAGGUCCAUUGAAACAAACAACUGGAAACAAACAAUCUCCCAUAUGAAUAAAGGCAGUGUUUGAUGAUUCAGAAAUCCUUAAUGUCCAUUCUGUCUUAGCAAUUCAAGAAAAAAAGCCAAAUAAAAUAAAAAACAGGACUGAGAAAGAAAACACCAAUUUGCAAUGUCAAGCAGCAAAAUGAGCUGGAUGCAGAUGAGACCGGAAGCCAGACCCAUAAAAUUUACAAAUGGCUGCACCUGAUCUUACAGGGGAAAAAAAGGUGGAUAGGUCCUAAAAGUUAAAGGAAACAGUUUUCUGUUUUCAUCAUACUAUAAUAUUGUAAUGAUACCAUAAUAUCAGCUUGCAAAUGUUUCAGAUAUAAUGUACAAUGCAUGCUUAUUUUUUUCUGACAGGAAAUAUUUGUUUUUGAUAAAUCUGUUUUAUUCUUUAAAUCUUUAAAAUUUAAAUCUUUGAUUUAUUAAAAAGUGAAAUACAACUUAUUAGUCGGAAGAAAAAAUUGUU